CUAGUUUAUUUUAGCGCUGCUAGUUUGCGCCAGUUGGUUCAAAUCAAGAAUUUUAUUUUCUGACGUAACGAGACAAGUUGCGGAAAGCAACGCUAAAAGACAAAAACUUCGGACGAAAAUCGGAAAUUAACUGUUUGAACCAUUUUGGUUGGAAACAAUUUGGAAUUUAACUCGGACCUUUACAACUAAGAAGAUUUUUUUAUCGGAGCAACUUUCUCAUUUGGCCGGAUAUACAGUUAAUCCGGGCCGCUAAGUAGGCUACGAUUUCGGACGAUAAUUUUGAACUACAAAAGGAAUACUAUUUUACACCAAUACAAACUUUAAAACCCUAUUUUGGACGCUAAAAGAGAGUUUUCAAACGCUUGGGAGUAUGCAAGCUUAUCUAUUGGAAUAGAGGACGUAGCGAACGAUACAUCUCACCAUAAAGCACAAUGUCCGAAAUUACCAAGUAUAUAUUCUAUCUGCUCGUCCUCAUAGCAAUUGCAACGUCUGUACAAGGUGAAUGCAUAGAAGACGGGACAAGACAUAAGAAUUCGUCUAUAUGGAGAAAAGAUUCCUGCACCACUUGUUCAUGUAAUAAUCACAUAAUUAUUUGUCAUAAAGAAAAAUGUAAAGACCCUCAAUGUGACGUCACUAAGGGAGGAUCACUUAUUAUACCCUCAAACAAAUGUUGUCCGGAAUGCACAAAACAACAAGGAAGAUCGUGUCUGAAGGAUGGAAGUGUUGUAGCGCACAACACACAUUGGAAAGGGAGUAACUGCACUGAAUGUGCAUGUAACAAUGGUGCCAUCCAGUGUUCGCCGUUGACCUGCAACCUUGACCUACAAUGCGGAUAUGGAGAAUUACCAUGGAAACGACCGGGUGACUGCUGUCAGAAAUGUGUCAGCACCGGAGCCUCUUGUAAAUACAACGAUGUAACUUACCGAGAUGGCGACGUUUGGACUCCUUCAAAGUGCGAAAGAGCUAAAUGCAGCAACGGUGAAAUCAACUACCAGAUCGCACACUGCGAACCAGUUGUUUGUCCACCGAGUCAACGAUCUGUUCUGCUGCCUGACCAAUGCUGCCCUCAAUGUGUUGGAGCCCCCUGCAUAUCAGAGGGAAAGCAGUACAAAUCAGGGGAACAGUUCAAACCUGAUUCAUGUCGUCAUUGUACAUGUCUAAAUGGUGACGUCACUUGUCACACAACCAGUUGUGACGUCAUCAACGAAGAAACAUUGGACGGUUCUCAUCAUGAAUGUCGAUCGGGAGAAGUAAAAGUAACAAGACAAGAAGAAUGUUGCCCCGACUGCGUUUCAUCCCAAGCUCAUUGCGACUAUGAAGGUGUCCGUCAUUACCACGGUGAUCUCUGGAACGGAACCAAAUGUCAAAUGUGUUCCUGUAACAAAGGAAUUGUCAGAUGCUUCGAAUUACAAUGCUCAGAAGUAACAUGCGAAAGAAAUCAAAAGCUUAUUCACAAGCCUGGAUCCUGCUGCCCAGAAUGCGUGCCUGUGACUUCUCAGUGCUUUCACAACGGCUUGUUAUAUCGCCAUGGUGACGAAUGGCAGACCAGUCCAUGUGAAAGAUGUGCAUGCAUACACGGAGUGACACAAUGCUUCAAUGCCGACUGCCAACCUUGCCCAGAACAUACUGUACCCGUACACAUGCAAGGUGAAUGCUGUCCAACAUGCGAACCCGUUACCUGCCACGCGGAUUGUUUAACAUGCAAUGGGCCUAAGUACGGUCAGUGCACAACUUGCAAGAACACGAGGCAUCUACUACAGGAAGGGAAAUGUGUCAGAAGAUGUUUGCCUGGGUUUUAUCAAGAAGGAAAGACUUGUAAACGUUGCCAUUCUACUUGCGAAACUUGCACACUGGCGAACUCACCCAACACUUGCACUUCAUGUAAAUCUCCUCUGCAACUACAGGACGGAACCUGUGUCGAGGAUUGCAUUCCCGGAUACUUCGACGACGAUGGACUUUGCAAACAUUGCAUGAAAGGAUGUGCAAGAUGCCUAAGUGCCAGCGUUUGUGUCGAAUGCACGAAUAAAACUAUGCUGGUACAAAAUGGAGAUUGUGCGGAUCGGUGUGGCAAAGAUUUCUUCUAUUCUGAUAACAUCUGUAAACCUUGUCAUUCCUCAUGCGCAUCCUGUUCAUCGGACUCCAACAUAUGCGAUACUUGUCCGCCAGGAAAGAUAAUGCAGAACCAUCUCUGCGUCAGUGAAUGCUCGCAGAAAUAUUACAAAACUAAAGACGGGAAGUGCGCAGCUUGCCACGAGUCAUGUGCAUCAUGUGUUGGACCUUUAGUAAACCAAUGUUCUACUUGCUCGGAGAAGAAAUUGCUUCAUAGCGGGAAAUGCAUUGAUAAUUGCCCGGCAGGAUUCUAUCCGAGCGACGGGGUAUGCAAAGCCUGUCACUUAAGUUGCCAUCUUUGUGUUGGUGGAUCCCCAUCUGAUUGUACAGCAUGCUCAUCCAAUACGCAAAUGCUUCAAUUGAGAUCCGACUUGUUCGCCACUGGUCAGUGCGUUGAAAACUGCGAUGAAGGACAUUACAUGGAAAAUAGAGUUUGUAGAGGCUGUCACGAAACUUGUGCCAGAUGUGACGGACCAUCAAACACCAAUUGUACAUCCUGCUUUAGUCACGGUUUUCUUCUAAUGACAUCACACAUGACGUCACAGUUGAGACAAAUGUGUCUGUCAGCAGACGAAUGCUGGGCGCUUAGUCUUGUCGCUGAUGAAAGAACGCAACAGUGUUACGAUAAAACGAAACUGGCCGAAUGUAAUCAGAUGAAAAAGUCGAUGAUUCUGACCUUGGGCUCAAGCGAUGACCUUGACAUUGAAAAAUGCGUCACGGUUUGCCCGAAAGGAACGUACAAAAAGACUACUCCUAGCGGUUCUAUGUGCGUUCCUUGUACCAGGGGUUGCGCAUCAUGUGACUCGAAAGACAAUUGUAUCGAAUGUGACGACAAAAAAUUACGCUCUCAAAUGACGUCACAAUGCGUAGAAUCGUGUGAAGACGGAUACUUUGCUUUGAAAGGUCAAUGUGAAUCCUGCCCUUCGGCAUGCACUACCUGUGAGCUUCCACCUAGUGGAGGAACAAGACCUCGUUGCACAUCAUGCAAAGACACAGGCGCAGUUCUUCAGUUCGGGGAAUGCAUUGCUGGAUGCGCAGAACAGUUUUACUCCGAUGUAGCAGGGAGCUCGCUUGGAACUCCGAUUUGCAAAGAAUGUGAUUGGAGUUGUAACCGGUGUUGGGGUCCGGAUUCAAACCAAUGUCUUGAAUGUAUGCCUGGCUCAAAACUACAGAAUGGAAGAUGUGUGAAACAAUGUACUUCAGGAUACUACCAAUCAUCAUCUGUUUGUCUUCCAUGUAAAACCAAGCAUUGUGUCUCCUGUGCUGAUGAAAACAGUUGCUCUGCAUGUCGUCUUCCACAUCAUAUCCAUGAAAACAAGUGCGUCUCAUCCUGUCCACAAGGAUACGUUCAUGAUCCAACAACCAACACAUGUGUAGCAUGUCCAUCACAUUGCCUUCACUGCACAACCCCAACAUCCUGCGACCAAUGCGAUGCUCAAACUUUCAUGCAGGCCGAAACCGACCCAUUGGAUAAAACCCCAAGACACAGACGAAGUUCACUUUGCGGAAAUUGCAGAAACGGAUACUUUGGAAAUGAAAUGACAAGACUGUGCCAGGCGAACAACGAAGCACCAGCUCUUUCCAUUCUUCGACCUAUCAUCGUCACAAUGAACGGAAGAUCAGUCAUUGAUGACAAAAUAAUAGAGGCUUCAGACAAAGACUCAGCCGAUGACCAACUGAAACUUAUUUUGGAAGCACAACCACGAAACGGGCGGAUUGAAGUCGAUAAUAUCAGAGUUCGAAUCGGUGACGAAAUUCCACUAUUAAAAAUCAAACAAGGAAGUGUUUGGUUUGUUCCAGAUGAGAUUGUUCGUCUACCUCGUGUUGCAAGGGUUAAAGUAACGGAUGGUCAUCUUGAAUCUGCAUCACAAGACAUCAACAUACUGAUUGUAUCCACUCACUCACCUAUGGUUGUCAGGAACAAGCCGCUUGUAGUCAGCUCUGGUCAAACAACAGAGAUAUCGUUGUCAAAUCUGAUGAUAACCGAUGACGACAAUUCAGCUGACGUCACAAUAACCAUUGUUUCAUCACCAAAGUAUGGAUUUAUCACUAAUACGAAUCACGUGGACACAGAGGUUUUGGACUUCACGCUUGAAGACAUCGAUCAGAAUGUUUUACGUUACACUCCGAGGAAAGGACUGAAGUCGAAAUCAACCUUGUAUGACGUCAUCGGACUUCAAGUAUCGGACAAAUAUCACGUGAUCAAUGUCGCACUCAGAGUGGAAAUCGUACCCAAGGCUUCUUCUGCACCGUCAUUAGUUACCAACAAACCAUCUCGUGUAAGAAGCAAAGGGCUUUUGCACAUUACAAGCGAGUUGUUGAACACUGUCGGGAAAAGAGUGAAAGACAAAUCCAAACUGGUCUACGCGCUCAAACCUGUGAACUUUACAAGCGGAGAAGUCGUUAAAAUUUCACCCAUGUCAUCUGAUGACCCAAUGCUAGUGACUGACAACUGGGUAAAGAUGGAAGACACCGUUUACAGAUCUCCGCCAUUGAUGAGGUUUUCACAAGAGGACGUAGACGAGGGCGAUGUCUGGUAUCGUGAUCUAGGCGGCCUUGGUGAAGUUGAGGCGUUUGAAUUCCAGGUUAUUGAUGAAAACUACCGACCAGCUCGUCACGUCACGGAUGACGUAUUCCGUGUGUCUGUGAUCCCAGAAAACACAGAGAAGCCUCACAUAGCAAGAGGAGUAAGUUUCCCACCGCAGAUGACAGCAACCGAGGACCAUGUCACUGUUUUACACAGUGGAUAUAUCAGAUAUACUGAUGAAGACACUCCUGAUAGAGAUUUGAUUUAUAAUAUUACGAAGUCCAUUCCGCCAUUCUUUGGAAGUAUUGAGCACGCAGACAACCCUCUCGUCCCGAUCACCGUCUUCACACAAAGUGAAAUCGAUUCAAACAAGAUCAUCUUCCGACCUGCCAGUGAAAUUAUGAUGUCAUCAAUGGGUGAUGGUAUUACUGAUGAAGUCAUAAUGGAUGACGAUUAUGAUGAUAUAAUGGACGGCGAAACCGCAGAAGACCUUUCGGAAUACGGAUACACAUACGAUCAUCAUAAGUAUGAAGCAUUCACAUUUGAAACUCGCGGUCUCCCUAAAGAAGUACAAUUCGAAUACACAGUAUCAGAUGGUCAACAUACAUUGGACCCAGCUAAGUUUACAAUCAAACUGGUCGACCAGGGAAACACUGCCGGUCCUACUUUCACCAAUCCGCAUCCUAGAAUUGAUGUCACACAAGGGGGAACUGCUCCUAUUGGAACGCAACAGCUGAGCAUCACUGAUCCAGAUACCCACCAUAGAGACUUGAUAUUCACUCUCGUGAAACGACCCCGUCACGGGUCAGUGGUCAGAAAUGACAGAGGAAUGAGAGUGAUGUUGAGAGAAGGAGAUUCAUUCACGCAUGACGAGAUUCAGCGCAACUCACUUCAUUAUGUCCACGACGGAUCAGACGAAGUACUAACUGAUCAACUACAAGUCAGCGUGACAGAUGUAACACACACAGCGACAAAAGUUAUUCAGGUAUCAGUACUGAAGACGGACAGCACCGGCCCCACUCCAGAUUUAUCGAGUGAAUUAUCUUUGGUAGUCAACGGUGGAAGCGUAGCAACUCUGAAACGAGAGAACCUUGCCUACGCUGAUCACGAUUCGACCGAUGCCGAGAUUAUCUACCACGUUGAAUCUGAACUUCUACACGGAAUACUUGACAGUGAAGUGCUGGGCGAUAUUGUAUCGGGUGACACCUUCAGCCAAGCGGACAUCAAUAUUGGACAUAUCAAAUACCGCAGCUCUGUGACAGCUGGUGCCAAACCACUCACCGACGAACUCCACUUCAGUGUGACGGAUAGAUCAGGCAACAAGCUAUCGAAUCAGUUGUUAACAAUCACAAUCACUCCCGCAGAUAGCCAACCGCCAGUGGUCACUGUUGGAACAGGAAUUCAGGUCGAAGAAGGCGGAAGUGUCCUCAUAACACCACGUGACGUGAUUGCAACAGAUGCGGAUACUCCGAAGAAGGAUUUGAAGAUCACGGUCACAACAAAACCAAGGGUUGGAUAUUUCUUGAACACAUUGAGAACAGACGUCUUAAACGCUGACGAAGAAGAAGUUUGGUUCAGCAUGCAAGACGUCCUCGAUGGAGCAAUAUAUUAUGUUCAGAGUCUGCACCGACACUCAGAACCAAAGAAAGAUUUCUUCAAGUUCACGGUCUCUGAUGGCCACAACGUUUCACCGAAUUAUAGAAUGAAUAUUACUAUAACGCCUACUAACGACGAAGAACCUUCUGUCAAGACGAACACUUUAAUCUGCAAAAAUGGUCACGCAACAAUGAUUCUCAACGCAUCAUUGCUCGUGCAUGACGAAGACACUCCCACAAACGAAUUGGUUUUCACUGUGACGUCAUUACCACGCCAUGGAUACCUUGUAAAGUUUUCAGAAAAGAUGCCACAUGACAUGAUGAAUAAACUAAAGAUGAUGGGAAAUGGCGCUCUCCAGCUAGACAUGAUGGAAGAGAAGAAGUUGAUGAAACUAAGAGUCGGAUCCACAUUCACCUACCAGGACGUUCUUGACCAACUUAUUUGCUUUGAAAGUGAAGGAUACGCAUCUCAUGCGUUAACAGUGCACAGACGCAGAAGAGAUACUCUUGGCUUUGUUCUCAGUGAUGGACAUUACGAGACUCCGGGGAGCAUCAAUAUUGAUGUUGAGCCCGACGACACCGCUGCGCUAACAUCAACAACAGACUACAACGAUUUUGAUACGAGUGAUGCUGAGUCUGAAUUCCAUGAAAACGUGAUCGAAGAAGAAGUGAUGCUGCAUAAGACAUUGGUUGUGCCAGAGGUUGAAGCAAAUACUGGAAUCACCGUGGAGAAAGGCACUACGACAGUGAUUACUCGUACUAACUUGCAAGCAUCAGAUAAAGGAAGCCUUGACAAUUCGCCACGUUAUGUUGUUGUCCGUGGACCAACUGUUGGAUUUCUUCAACUGCAUAAAUCACAAUUCCUAAUCAACGUUACGUCAAGCGGAGAAAGUGAAUUUUAUCAGCAGGACAUUGAUGAAGGAAUGCUCCGUUAUGUUCACCCAGAAGAAGAACAAGGAGGGAAUUUCAAUUUCCGCUUCAAUGUCGUUGGAGCAUCUGGAAGUACUUUGCCAGAACAGACAUUCAACAUUCUUGUCAAAGAAGAUAGGAGACCGCCAGUGAUUAGAAUAAAUGACGGGAUUGCGGUCCAAGAGGGUUCAUCGCAGAAAAUCACAUCAGAGAAGCUUUCUGCCAGCGAUGAUGUUGGACCUACUCAACUUUUGUACACAAUCACUAAGGAACCAAAGCUUGGGAGAGUCGAAUUCGUCAACAGACCAGGCCACCGGAUUCGUUCCUUCACGCAAAGCGACGUGAACAAAGGAAAGGUACAAUACACGCAUACAAGCGAUGAACAACAUCACCUCAGCGACGUCUUUGCAUUCUCUUUGUCAGAUGGAACGAACAAGGUUUUCCAGGAGUUUUUCAUCACUGUUCUUCCGGUCGACAAUUCUCUCCCAGUUUUACAAAAUAAAGGAAUCAGAGUCCAGGAGGGAGUCAGGAAAACCAUCACUGAAUUUGAGUUAAAAGCGACGGAUAAGGACACAGCUGAUGCCUUGGUCACCUUCACAAUUCUUCAAUCUCCUGUGCAUGGGAACAUUGAACGCACAAACAGCCGGGGAGAUCGUUACAUUCCUGUGACUGGAUUCAGCAUGGAAGAUAUUUAUCAGAGUCGAAUCAGUUAUAACCAUGAUGGAAGCAAUUCUGUUGAAGAUAGAUUUACAUUCACUGUUGAAGACGGAACCAACAAGGAAUUCAUAAUAACAGAAGAAGGAGCGCAAGUUACAACAAGCUCACAUCAGUUCUUUGACAUCACUAUACUUCCAGUAGACGAUGGAACCCCAAGGCUUGUCACCAACAAAGGCCUGCAUCAUCUUGAAUAUAUGGAUAAUAAGGCAAUGGGGGUCAUAUCGAAGCGUCAACUUCUGACUGAAGAUCCAGAUACAUCAGCAGAUAUGAUAACGUACACAAUCACUUCUGAUCCAAGGCAUGGACACAUUGAAUCCAAUCUUCAACCAGGACAUCCUUUGAAGGCAUUCAGUCAGAAGGAUGUAAAUAUGGGUAUUAUUCGAUACAUACUUUCUGACACUUCAAUGGACCAAACUCGUGAUUCUUUCAUGUUCAACGUCAGAGAUUCCAUGCCAAACGUAGUCACUGGAAACAUCUUCCAUAUAAGAUGGAGCGUGUUCACUCUUGAUAAACCAACUUAUAUGGUAAAAGAAGGAGCCGGUCACAUAGAUAUUGUAGUAAGGAGACAUGGCAACUUGAAUUAUGCCAUCGUACUUUGCCGCACUGAACCAGGAACAGCUACCUCUGUCACAUCUAACACCCCUGGACAACUGGACUAUGUGGAACAUGCAGGACAGGUUCAAUUUGAUGAGCAUGAGGAUGAGAAAGUUUGCACGAUUGAGAUCAAAGAUGAUUCAGUUUAUGAAGGAACCGAACAGUUCACUGUGCUACUUGCUCAGCCCAACUAUGCACUGCUAGGGUCAAUCACCGAAACAACCGUUACAAUUGACGAUUCUGAAGACAAACCAACAUUACAGUUUGAUGAAUCUGAGAAAGUUGUUCAAGAGAAUGAUGACACUUUCUUUCUGACCAUCAGAAGAACAGGUGACAUCAACAAGAAGGUAACUGUGAUCUGCCACACACAAUCCGGUACAGCAACAGGGUCAAGUGCAUCCGGGCAUGUCGGAUCUGGAUCAGAUUAUAAAAGCAGAGAUCGAAAUGAUGAACAUAGUGUUGUUGUUUUUGAACCCGGCGUCAGUACAGCAACCUGCGAUGUGAAACUGAUUGAUGACAGCAUUUAUGAAGAAGAUGAACAAUUCACUGUCAAACUAACUGAUCCUUCUUCUGGUGCUCAAGUCGGAGAAAUGGCCAAGGCCGAAAUUACAAUUGCCGGGCCGAACGAUGCAGCCUCUGUCUUUUUCUCCAACAAUCAUUAUGAAUUUUCUGAAAACCAAGGAACUGUUGAUGUCACUGUUGUUCGAACUGGAUCUGAUUUGAGUCAAUCCACAGAUGUUUGGUGCGCUACCCGUGCUAUGGAUCCAGUGUCAGCUGUUCCCGGAGAAGAUUUUGUUCAGAGUUCUAACAAGGUUACAUUCAGGACUGGUGAAACUACAAAGGUCUGCUCAAUGAUGAUCUUAGAUGACUCGCAGGCACCAUCAGUGGAGGGAAAUGAGACAUUUGAAGUUUAUUUGAGUUCUGUUCUCCGAGCUAAACUUGUGACUCCACAUCAUGCUGUUGUGACUAUUAAUGACACCCUGGAUGACAUCCCAACAAUGGAAUUCUUGAAAACAUCUGUCGAAGUAAAAGAGAAAGACAAGCUGGUUUCACUGGCAAUAACUCGGGAAGGUGACAUAAGCAGUUCAUCUUCUGUCAUCUGCUAUACAAGACGAAACACUGCAGAAGUAGAACAAGAUUUUAAUGAACGAGCAAACACUGAGACAUCAAGAAUUGUUUUCAAACCAGGACAAAAGCUCGCUUACUGCAAUGUGACUAUAGUGGAUGACAAUUCAUAUGAAUCAAGUGAGAGGUUCAGCGUUCAUCUUACUGGUGCUAUCGGGAGUAAAUGGUACGGAGCGACAGUCGGAGAAAAGAAAGUCGUUGAAAUUACAAUCACAAAUGAUGAAGAUGCUCCUACAAUCAUGUUUGAGAGAGCUGAGUUCUCAAUCCGUGAACCAGACUUUGGCGAAGAAAGUCGACAGCUCGUUGUCAAAGUUAUAAGAACUGGAGAUGCAAAUGAGAUAAGCAAGGUUCGUUGCAGCACUAGAGAUGGUUCAGCUACUUCUGGAUCUGAUUAUGAACCCAAGAGUCGAAUGUUGAGAUUCCAACCUGGUGACACAGAAGUUAGUUUCAGGGUUAAUAUUCUUCCCAACGAUGACACUGAAUGGCACGAAACCUUUUUACUGGUGUUGGGACCUGAUGAUCCAGUGAAUGCAGUGCUGGGACCAAUAUCACAAGCUACUGUUACUGUACUUGAUAAAGAUGCUGCUGGAAGUUUAAUUCUACCCACAACUCCUGUAGUGGUGUCACUCCUCAAUUACGAUAAUGUCAAAGAAGGUUUAGAAACAAAUCCAUCUCCAGGUUACCCCCUUGUUUGUGUGACCCCAUGUGACCCACGUUACCCAGAAUAUGCCGACACACGAAACCAUUGUGAGGAAGCUGGAAUUAACGCUUCUGCUAUUAUAUUCAGCUGGGAGGUUGCCAUGCCAACCAAUAUAGAAGGAGGGGGGAGUCAACCAUUCGAAAAAGUUCAGGAUGAAACUCCUUUCACAAGUGUGAACACUAAAGUGUUGGACAGUAUCUAUUUUGCAAGAAGGUUUCAUGUACGAUGCAUUGCCCAAGCAGUUGACAGUCAGACUGGCACAGCAGGAACCCCACUUCGCAGUAAUGUGGCAACUAUCAGCACAGAUUCUGGGCUUUGUCACAAUCCCAUCAUGUCAGGGACCGAGCGAGGAUUCCAGGCUCAAAGUUUUAUAGCAAAGUUGGAUUACAUUCCACCGACAUCUGAAGAACAUCCUGAUUCUUUGCAAAUAUCAGUUGAAAUUCCUCACCAAGAUGGCCGACUACCUCUCAUAUCAACUAUGCCAUUCAAUAACCUCAAAUUACUUCUCUCGCGAUCAAUUGAUAGGCAACAGCACUUGUGCUCAAACAUGAUGUACAACGGGAAAACUGUUCAUGUCAAACCUUCCGACCUUGUCAUCAAUGAUGAAGAACUCCUUCAUGAUAUUGGAAAAUAUCUCGGCUUCAUUGAGCCAACAGAUUACUCCAAGUUAUCUCUCGGACCGGGAUUUGACAAACCGUUCCAACUUGAUCCAACUGUACGAGAACCAAAGUCAAUCGACUUGUACAAAUACUUGAACUUGAAGAGCUGUGUUUGGAAAUUCAAAGCUCAUUACAAGAUGAACCAACUUAUUGAUUAUUGCAAUGGAAAAGUAGAUCCUGAUUAUCAUGUCCGGGAUUCUCCUAAGUCUCUUGUCACAGUAACAGUGCCCCUGCAUGUCUCGUAUGUGUAUGUAACUGCACCAACUGGAUGGGGAGCUCUGGAACACAGGACUGAGAUGGAAUUCUCGUUCUUAUAUGAUGGUGUUAUGUGGAAAGGAGAGGGAAUACAGACAGAGGGCGACCGAGCUGCAAAGUUCCAAGUUACAAAAAUGAAGAGUCGAGAUGAUGGAAGACUGGAAAUCAUUUUUGAAACCAUUGUACAGUUUAGAGGACUGUUUGUCCUUGAGCACCAUACAUUACCAGGAAGGAAAUCAGCUGUUAUUGCUCCCGAUGGAAUUAACGUUCAAUUUGAACUGGAGAAUGUUUGGAACGAGAACAAAUUCGAUUCCCCUCACCAACACUGGAGGGCAGUAAGCAAAUACAGUAAGAAGGAUUACAGCGGAGAGUACGAGAUACAACUUCUACCUUGCACUGUUACUCCAACUGCUAAAUGGAAACCUAUUGAACCUGGUCAAGAAGUAUCAUGUACCGCAUAUGCACCUGUGAAGUUCAAGCUUCCAAUAACUUUCCAGCAGACCAGCCGCCCCGUUCCUGUUGUUUAUUCACUGAACACAGAGUUUCACCUCGGAAAUAACGAAAAACUUUUCCUGAUGGAUCCAAGAGAAGCUAAAGAAAGUGAAUUGGAUUACAAGGGAUCAUUCUCCAAAGGUCAAACAAUAUUCGGCCGAGUCUUAUGGAGCCCUGACCAAGAUCUACACAAUGCAUACAAGUUGCAAUUGGAGAAAGUUUACCUCUGUACUGGGAGAGAUGGUUACAUUCCAACUUAUGACCCAGAAGGCACAGUUUAUCAUCAGGGCCCACAGUAUGGAUGUAUUCAACCGAGCAGAAGCUUGCAGCAUAGGUUCUUGUUACUUGAUCGAAGCAGCAGAGAUGCAGAAGACAAAUACUUCCACGAUGUUUCAUUCGGAGCACAUUUUGCCUCAGAUGUUCCAGAUUAUGCCAAACUUGCUGAAUUGCCAGGGGUUGAUGGGUUCCUAAUCAGAGUGGACGCUCUGUACAAAGUAGAAGCAGGGCAUCAGUGGUAUCUACAGGUAAUGUACGCAAUUGGGCCAGAAGAUAUGAUGUUAUCAAGACGUCGUCGAGCAGCUGCGAUUAUUCCAUUACAUCGCAAACGUCGUAGCAUCACUGACGAUAUCCAAUCUUAUCGCAAUGGAACCAACAUGAAAGGAAUCGUUGUCGAAAAGGAAGAGGGAGCGCCUGCUACUCUCAUAGCGAUUGGAGUUUCAUCUGUUGUUCUCCCAAUAUUAUUUUGUUGUCUUUUCGCUCUUUGCUGUGUUCGUCGACGACGACGAAAACAGAAAGGCGAUAAAGUCAAACAGAGCCAUAUAGUGGUUGUCCAACAUCACGAUAAAAAAUGUGUCGACGAUGACAUCAGUGAUCAAGAGUCUGGUGAGUCAUGGCCACUAUCUAGCGAGAAAGAGCACAAACGUUCGAACUCUGCUGGUCUCGCUACCGUUGUUUCGGUGAAGAAACAAAAAUAUGAGAAAAACUACCAACGUAAUGUUAAUGUAAACGACGUUGAAAUGCAACCUCUAAAUAGGGGGCAGACUAAUAAUACCAAACCUCGCUCUCAAGUAGGUAAAUCACGAAAAAAGAAAAGCAUACCCAUUGUAGACAAUCUAAGAAUGAACAAUGAAGAAGAUGGCACUGAAGUAUGAUGUAACAAUAACACUUUUAUUGCACUAACUAUUACAUCAUAAGUACCAUCACCUCAGCAGACAACAAGUGUUAUCCACGGAAUUCUGAAUCCAAAUACUUGCCUACUUUGUUAUUGUUUUCGUAAAAUCGCAAAGAAUUUUAGGUUAAGAGUUAUGAUAUUUAUAUUUUUAUUGUAUUUUAUGCACCAAAACUUUAAAUUUUGAGAAAAAAAAAUGAUUUGAGAAUGAUUGAAAAUGUAUGUGGCCUGGUUUGAUUGAACAAGAGUUGAGUGAAAUACAAGCUGUGCAGCAUUAAAAUCGUUAGCUUUUCUCUCCUCGAGAUGGGAAUGGAAAUCAGCGGAAAUAUUAUCCACUGACGUAUUUGAAAUUUAUUCUUAGUACAGAGAGUUGAAUAAUCGAUUUCAAAAGGUUAAAAUAUUUCAAAUACUGUUCCAGUGUAAU